AUGUCUCCCGCCUACCCAAGCAAGAACCAACCCUCCAACAUCCGCUCUCCGGAGCAAGAGGCUGCCAUCAAGGCCCAAAAUAUAGCAGCCGCAAAGACGGCUGAGAAGAAGGAGGAGGAGGAGAAAGAGAAGAUGAAGAAAAAGAAGACUUGCCCCACUACACGAUUCGAUAAGCACCGCGUCUUUCUAUAUGACACGAACCAGGAUAAGGAUAUGAUGCUACUCAGCAGGAAAGAAGACAACAAGGCCAGUCGAAGGAGGAAGAAUUCAAGGAGGAAAUGA